AUGAGCACUUCUGUGGCGGUGUACAGGAACAUUUACACGGAGGACCGCUUCAAGCAGGACUAUGGCUCGGAUGAGAGCAGCAGUGCGGGUCCACGGCUCCGGGACAGACUUGCCAGCACGUGCAAGUGUUCAAGGCGGGCCUGCCUUCACCUGCUGAGGGAGAGAGUCCCUAUUUUCAGCUGGCUGCCCAGAUACAGACUGAAGAAAUGGCUCGUAGGAGACACUGUAGCCGGCCUGACUGUUGGCAUUCUUCAUAUUCCUCAGGGCAUGGCCUUUGCGCUGCUCACCUCCGUGGCUCCAAUAUUUGGCCUCUACACCUCCUUCUUUCCUGUUGUUCUAUAUAUGAUUUUUGGCACAGGUCGCCACGUGUCUACAGGUACUUUUGCUGUAGUGAGUCUGAUGACAGGCUCGGUUGUGGAGCAGCUAGUUCCUACUUCUCUGGAGAUGAACUCGAGCUCACCUGAAGCAGCAGAUUUUGAGGCCCAAAGAAUUGGAGUGGCCUCAGCUGUAGCACUCCUCUCAGGAAUCAUUAUGCUCUGCAUGUUUGGUCUUCAGCUGGGCUUCCUCUCCACCUAUCUGUCUGAGCCCAUUGUUAAAGCCUUCACCAGCGCUGCUGCCUUCCAUGUAGCCAUCUCACAGCUGCAAAGCAUGCUGGGUCUGCGGCUUCCUCGCCACACUGGGGCCUUUUCUCUCUUCAAGACUUUAGCUGUAGUGAUGGAGAACCUUCCUCACACCAACACGGCUGAGCUGCUCAUCUCUUUGGUGUGUUUGGCCGUUCUGGUUCCUGUUAAAGAAGUGAACACACGUUAUCGGCACCGCCUACGCACUCCAAUCCCCGUGGAGAUCCUCACAGUGAUUAUUGCUACACUUGUGACGUAUGCCUCCUCACUGGACUCUUCUUACAACAUUGAGAUAGUCGGCCACAUCCCAGCUGGAUUCCCAAGCCCACAGCCACCUGCCUUCCACCUGUUUCCUGCCAUUGCCGGUGACACAAUCGCCAUAACGUUUGUCGGAUAUGCUGUGUCUGUCUCACUGGCAAUGAUCUACGCUGAUAAGCACGGGUAUUCCAUACAUCCCAAUCAGGAGCUGCUGGCUCACGGGAUCUCCAACACCGUCUCUUCCUUUUUCACUUGCUUCCCCAGCUCAGCCACUCUGGCCACCACGAACAUCCUCGAGAGCGCUGGGGGAUACACACAGCUCUCUGGCCUCUUCACCAGUCUGGUUGUUCUGAUUGUCCUGCUGCUGAUUGGACCACUGUUUUAUUUCCUACCCAAGGCGGUUCUAGCAUGCAUCAAUGUUACCAGCCUCAGGCAAAUGUUUCUGCAGUUCCAAGACUUACCUGAGCUGUGGAGGAUCAGCAAGCUGGACUUUAUGGUCUGGGUUGUAACCUGGCUCUCUGUGGUGGUACUCAAUGUGGACUUAGGCCUGGCUAUCGGAGUGGGAUUCUCCAUGAUGACUGUAAUCUGUCGCACACAAAGGGCUGAAUGCUCAGUACUUGGACGAGCAAGCAACACUGAGCUAUACAGACCUGUGGCAAAUCACAACAAGUGCUAUGAAGUGCCAGGAGUGAAGAUCCUGACUUACAACGGGCCCAUUUACUACGGCAACCGUUGCUUCUUCAGGGAGAAAAUGAGCAAGUUGUUGGGCCUGACGCCGGAGAAGAUCCGCAGCAGAGAAAAGGCCAGGAAGGCUGUGGAGAACCGGGAGAGAGAAACCACCGUCAGCACUGUGGAGGGAGGCAUCACAAACACAUCAUUUUCCUCAGAAAACGAGUUAUUUAAAUCAGAAACUUCAGAGGGUGACGUCCAGGCCGUGCUGAUUGAUUGCAGCAGAGUGAUAUUUGUUGAUGUAGCCGGAGCAAGACUCUUCACACAGAUGUGCACCGAGUGCCAGAAAAUAGGUGUUCAUGUGUAUUUGGCCAACUGCAAUGAAAGUGUCUUAAAGAUCUUGACAUCAAGCGGUCUGAUGAGCCACAUGAACCCUCAGCAUAUUUUUGUCACUGUUCACGAUGCUGUGAUGUAUAUUCAACAACAAAAGGAAAAGCCUCCAGAGCACACAACAACAGUUUGGUUAUGA